UAUACUAAGGCAAUAACAGCCAAUUAUGCCAAACCAAAUUUGCAGCCAGGACAGUAGACUUCCCCUGCUGAGUUUGAAAUCACAGAUUCUUGUCAUCCUAUUGAUUCUGGCAAGGAAAACACACUUUCAGUCCAAGUCAUGAGAUGGAGUGAUGGUUCUUAUUUAGAGGAUCAGGAUCAUUGGCGGCUAUCUGGAAUUCAUCGCGAUGUCCUUCUUAUAGCAAAGCCCAGGCUGUUUAUUGCAGACUACUUUUUCAAAUCAAGUUUAGAUGAAAAUUUUUUUGAAGUCGAUAUCCAGGUUGAGGUCAAACUUGAUGGUUUGUCAAAAUAUUCAGAGGAGACUAAUUUUGCAAAUUUUACGAUAGAGGCAGCAUUGUAUGAUAACGCAGGGUAUAGUUCUGUGGAUUCUGACGGAGUCUUCGAUCUAAGUUCUUAUGAAAUGAUUCAUAUGGCGCUUGAAUCACCUGCUGUUGAUAUUCAUGGUUUUCAUGGAUAUUUACUUACUGGGAAAUUCAAAGAGCCAAAACUUUGGACGAGUGAACAUCCAAACCUGUAUACUCUUGUAAUAAUUCUGAAUGAUGCAUCUGGGAAGCUACUAGACUGUGAAUCAUGCCAAGUCGGCAUACGCCAAAUAUCACGCGCUACCAAGCAGAUGCUCAUUAAUGGGCUUCCUGUUGUAAUAAGAGGUGUCAAUAGACAUGAGCACCACCCUCGUACUGGGAAGACAAAUCUUGAGGCGUGCAUGAUAAAGGAUUUGGUUCUGAUGAAGCAAUACAAUAUUAAUGCUGUGAGAAACAGUCACUAUCCCCAACAUCCGAGAUGGUACGAGCUUUGUGAUCUCUUUGGUAUCUACGUGAUAGACGAGGCGAAUAUCGAAACACACGGUUUUAAUGAUUCUCGUAAUUUCAAGCAUCCUACCUUUGAAUCAGCUUGGGCAAGCUGUAUGUUGGAUCGAGUUGUAGGAAUGGUGGAACGAGACAAAAACCAUGCAUGCAUCAUGGCAUGGUCUCUAGGAAAUGAAUCUUCAUAUGGGCCUAAUCAUGGUGCUCUUUCUGGCUGGGUUAGAGGAAAGGACCCCUCGAGAUUUGUGCAUUAUGAAGGUGGAGGUUCAAGAACCUUAUCAACUGACAUUGUAUGCCCGAUGUACAUGCGGGUAUGGGAUAUGGUGAAAAUUGCAGCGGAUCCAAAGGAAAUUAGACCUUUGAUUCUCUGCGAGUAUUCUCAUGCAAUGGGAAACAGUAAUGGAAACAUUCAUGAGUAUUGGGAAGCCAUAGAUAGCACUUUUGGACUUCAAGGCGGUUUCAUUUGGGAUUGGGCUGAUCAGGGCUUGUUAAAGGAGGGAAAAGAUGGGAUCAAACAUUGGGCCUAUGGCGGCGACUUUGGUGAUUUACCAAACGACUUGAACUUCUGUCUGAAUGGCCUCACAUGGCCAGAUCGAACACCUCAUCCUGCUUUACAUGAAGUGAAGUAUGUUUAUCAACCCAUAAAAGUUUCCUUAACUGAAAGCAAAGUCAAGAUAGUAAAUGCUCAGUUUUUUGAAGCAACAAAUGCUCUAGAGUUUAGCUGGAGUUUUCAGGGAGAUGGAUGGACUCUUGGAUCUGGAACACUUGAACUCCCAAUGAUAUUACCUCAGAGGAGUUAUGAAAUUGAAAUUGAAUCUUCUCCAUGGUAUUCUCUAUGGAGUUCAAGUUCAGCAGCGGAGAACUUUGUGACAAUAACGGCGAAACUUAAACAGUCGACGAGAUGGGCGGAGGAAGGGCAUGUUCUUGGUUCUAGUCAACUUCUUCUGCCUCCAAAAAGGAAGCUUGGUCCCCAUGCUAUCAGGUUCGUUAAAAAGUCCAUUUUACAUUCGGAAUUUGCUGAUGACAUCAUAACGAUUAAGAGAGAGAACAAUUUCUGUAUCAAAUUCAGUACUCGAACCGUAACAAUCGAGAGCUGGGAGGUUGAAGGCUGCCUUCUAAUGGACAAAGGCAUAAUUCCCUGCUUUUGGCGAGCUCCCACCGAUAACGACAAAGGAGGCGGCCCUCUCAGCUACGCAUCAAAAUGGAAAUCUGCUUUUCUGGAUGAUAUUUUAUUUCAAACAAAGCACUGCUCGGUAGAGAAGAAGACAGGUGAUUCUCUCCUUAUUACAGCUACCAUCUUUGGUCUUCCCAGAAACCAUUUUAAGGACACAGAUUCUGCACAAAUCAUUACUGACUGGAACAACAAUAAUAUCAUACUCUUUAGAAUCGAUGUGAAAUAUUCAUUCUAUUCCUCCGGUGAUCUAAUCGUCGAAUACAAAGUAAACCCUAACAGCAAUCUUCCUCCCUUGCCGCGCAUUGGUGUCGUUUUCCAUGUAGUUCGAUCGUUGAAUCGGAUUCGAUGGUAUGGCAGAGGUCCGUUUGAAUGUUAUCCAGAUCGGAAAGAAGCGGCUUUUUUCGGCUUAUAUGAAGCCGAUGUGGCAGAUCUGCAUGUGCCAUACAUUGUUCCGGGAGAGUGUUCGGGUCGGGCUGACGUCCGGUGGGUUUCGUUCGAGAAUAAUGAUGGAUUUGGGUUCUUUGCUUCUGCUUAUGAUGCAUCACCACCAAUGCAGAUGAGUGCGAGUUAUUACACUGCUGCUGAACUCGAUAAAGCGACUCGUAACGAAGACUUGGUGGGCGGAGAUGACAUAGAGGUGCAUCUUGACCAUAAGCAUAUGGGAUUGGGUGGAGAUGACAGUUGGUCCCCUAGUGUCCAUGAGCAGUACUUGGUUCAUCCUGUGCCCUGCUCUUUCUCCAUAAGGUUCUCUCCCUUCUCCCACUCUCAAGCACCAGAAGAACUUUACAAAUUUCAGCUUCCACAAUCAUGAAUUUGCAUUUCUGGUAAAUUUUAUGUUUAUGAUUGAUUUUUGUGUAAUUUCUUAUGUGUUUUUUUUAGAACAUUAUGAGCAGUAAUAAUUGGAAAAUAAAACCAUGUGUUGGCUGAUGUAAUUUUUGUUUUUUAAUCUAUUUAUUUGAUAUACGUGACUGUCUGUAAACUUAGUUGUGGAA